ACACAUCGUGAGACUUUGUUUCUCCACGAUAAGUCUGUGAUUAGAGAUUUCAGAUCAGGUGACGUUAUUGGCCCCUGUAAGGCUGUACAAGGGUGACGCGAUUCCGAGCAACGUGUAAAUCCAAGUUUCUAGGCAAGACAAAGAGAGUCUACUAGAACUCCACCAACACGCCAUUUUCCCACCAUGAGCAUAUCACGGUAGCUCAAUCCAACAUGCCGAGGGACAGACCUCCUACAACGGGCUAUGCCCGCAUAGCUCAAGCCGAGGACUCCGAUUCUGAGAACGACGAAGCUCUGGGAAAUAGCUAUGCAUCGCUACAACCUGCUUCCGCUCCACGAUUUGCAUCUAUCACACAGCCACGGCCCCAUGGUGGCAUGUACACUGAUGGCACGACAUCCCCUAUUACGAAUCGCAGACCAAGAAAUCGACGGCGGGUGAGGAGCAAUUCCUCUGGUGUGGACAUCAAGGCUAUCAAUGCACGCUUGGAGAGAUGGGCAGAUGAGAUUGCGAGCAAGUUCAAGAUAAAUAAGGUCAAGGGGAAGACUACCGAGGAAGAGAAGUUGGAGAUUCACCAUUCUGUUUUUCAGGCUCCGGAUGGUGUCAGACCUGCUACGGCUGAGACGUUGGCUUUGGAUGUCGACCCGGGGCGCAUGUCGAAGUCGGAAUUCGAAGAUGUGGUGGAGAGCGUAAGGGUUGCAAUUGAGCAAGGUAUGCACCCGAAGAUGAUUACACAAGGCAGUUCUGGAAGCUAUUUUGCGAGGAAUAGUGAAGGAAAGGUUGUGGGCGUGUUCAAACCGAAGGAUGAGGAACCAUACGCAGCAGGCAACCCUAAAUGGAACAAAUGGAUACACAGGAAUCUGUUCCCAUGUUGCUUUGGAAGGGCAUGUCUUAUUCCCAACCUCAGCUACGUGUCUGAAGCAGCGGCAUAUACUCUGGACUGUCGGUUACGAACGAAUUUGGUUCCUUACACGGAUAUUGUUUACCUAUCUUCGAAAUCCUUCCACUACGAUUUCUGGGCUCGACGGAAUUUUUAUAGGAAGAAGAAGCCUUUCCCAUCAAAACCGGGCAGCUUUCAGGUCUUUUUGAAAGGGUUUAAAGAUGCCAAUGUUUUUCUCAGGGAACACCCCUGGCCUGAUCAUGGCGGGGGAUACAGACCUUCUGAUGCACCAAAGAAGAAGAAAGCUUGGAAAGAUACUUGCAGACCAAAUGGAGCCCAGUCUGAUGAUGAGGAUGAGACUGCCAAUUCUACUCCGCCGAUCGGCGGACCAGAACGAUUCGCAUGGACGGAGCAAUUGCAACAGUCAUUCAGGGAACAGCUGGAGAAGCUUGUUAUACUGGACUACAUUAUGAGAAACACUGACAGAGGGUUGGACAAUUGGAUGAUCAAGGUGGAUUAUGAGAACCAAGACGUCACGAUUGUCGCUGAUCCUCCACAAAUGGAUGGAGGUCGAGACCAAGAGGACGAAGAGCUCGCACCACGACUGGUAAACACUUCUGAUAGCAGCAUACCCUUAAAAUCACACCCCUAUCGGGUACAGCAGCCUAUGGAAGCUAGGAGCAGAUCAGUCACCCCUUCAAGGAUGGGUGGACCUAAGAUGGUUGUUGGAGCGAUUGAUAACAGCCUUUCAUGGCCGUGGAAACAUCCUGAUGCGUGGCGAAGCUUUCCCUUUGGAUGGCUCUUCUUGCCUGUCUCACUAAUUGGCCAGCCAUUUUCUCAAAAGACACGAGAUCACUUUUUGCCACUUCUCACGUCGAAGCAAUGGUGGAGCGAGACACAACUGGAGCUACGGAAAGUGUUUAGUCAGGAUGCAGAUUUCCAAGAAAGAAUGUUUGCAAGGCAAAUUGCUGUCAUGAAAGGGCAGGCAUGGAAUGUGGUUGAGACGCUCAAGCUGGCUGAUCAUGGACCUUUGGAACUGACUAGGAGAGCCCGAGUAUGUGUUUGGGACGACUUGGUCGAUAUCCCCAUUGCGGUACCAAUGCGAGUGCCAUCAGCAGAGAUGCGGAGACGGAAUGAUCCUCUAUUCAACAAAAAUCUACACGAAGCGGAAGAGAUGGAUAUUAGCGCUGCCAACUCGUCUGCCCCUCAACCAGACCUCCUCGGUCUUGCAAGCCCAUCUUCAGAGCUUCCAAAUCCAAAUAGAUUUGAUCUUACCAGUCCUCGCCACAGCGAAGAUGGCGGGUCUCCAUCUCCUCUCGAUAUCAUGAAUUCUGGAUCUCGUAGGAAAUUUUCCAAGGACGGACAAGUGAAGUUUUCAGAGCGUCCUACAUUCAAUCACGUACGAAGUCGAAUGAGUUACGAUGGACCAUCGCGUACGCCUCCUUAUCCACCGCGCACCGAGAAUCGCCGCUUCUCAUUCUCAAAUCGAAAAGGAAGUAAAGUUCCGAUGUUGUACGAUGGUGAUGAUAUAGAAGGUGAUCUGGGGUAUGCUGCCGCUGAAGGUAUGGAAGGGAAUCAGAGAAAAGUGAUUGUGGAGAGACUUGAGACUGUUAAGAGUAAAAAUCCGGUAUUUACUUGGUGUUAGACUGGGUAAGAGGCAAAGAGGAAAGGCAUUUUGGUGUACUAUAGGUACGGAUGGGGAAAUGGGAGAAUGAGGCGUUGAGCAUGCGUGCAUGAAGAAAUUAUAGAUCUCUUGGGCGAAAUAAUGAAUGGCAUUUCGUUGUUUUUCCAAUCCCACCCAAAGUCCGAUCGGCGGAUGGAACGUCCUAUUUGGAGAAAGGUAUCAUUCUCCUGAAUAGGACAUUUACUUCCGGUUUCUCGGUUCCGUUCCCUCGGAUUGAUUAUUGAGAAGCGCGCUUGCCAAGAAUAAUCGAAAAUCUUUUAUUGGGUGAUGCAACUUCCAAGAUGAUCAAAGCUACGGGUUCUGAACUAUUCAAGGACGAAAGCCAGCGA